AUGGGGAGCGGCGGCUCUGCGGGGCGCGGGACGCGGCUGGCGGCGGCCGAGGGCCCGGAGGGCGGCGAGCAGCGCCUGGAGGUGCGGGGCGGGCGGGUCCCGGCGGCCCUGUGGGCACAACGGGGGCUGCGGAAGCUUUACCUGAGCGGUGCGGGGUUACGGGAGGUACCGGCCGAGCUUGCGGCCCUGCGGCACCUCCGCACCCUGGCGCUGGACGGCAACGAGCUGCUGGAGGUGCCCGAGGCCCUGUGCCGCCUGCCCCGCCUGGCGCACCUCUACCUGGGCCGCAACGGGCUGCAGGGGCUGCCGCCCGCCUUCGCCCGCCUGCAGAGCCUGCGGUGCCUCUGGCUGGAGGGCAACUUCCUCGCCCGCUUCCCCCGCGCCCUCCUGCGCCUGCCCGACCUCCGCAGCCUCCAGCUGGGUGACAACCGCCUGGCCCGCCUGCCCGCAGGGCUGCCCCGCAUGGCCGGGCUGCGGGGGCUCUGGCUCUACGGGAAUCGCUUUGAGGAGUUCCCCCCUGUCCUGCUGCGCAUGGCUCACCUCCGCGUCCUCGACCUGGACCGCAACCGCAUCGCCCGCUUCCCCGACCUGGCCUGCCUCUCCGCCCUGCGUCUCCUCUCCUACGAUCACAACCCCGUCCGGCAGCCGCCCCGCGUGGGGGAUGCUGUCCGGCUGGUGGGCGAUGGGGCGCAAGAAUUCAUGGAGGCGCGGCAAGAGCGCCUGCAGAGCCUCCAGCGCAAGGAGGAAGAGGAGGAGGAAGGCACCGAGGUUCCACCGGUGGCCCCUGGGGACAGCUCCCCAUUGCUGGAAAAUGGGGAGGGCAGCUUUGCAGCCCUGCCGGGCUCCCCAGGGGAAACAUGA